CCUCCAGUUCUAACACACGGUCACACUGCAGACAUUGCAAAUAUUUUAGGAAAACUAUUUCGUUGCAAUUUUCAUUUGCCUCCACGGGGAAUAAGGGAAUUCAGUGCAAAUGGUAAGCGUGGCGGCGGAGACACAGAAAGGAACACCUGUCCGAUUGGAAAAGCAGCCGACGGCCAUUUUUUGCUAGCUAAGACGUGACUGUUGGCCCGAAAGCCGAGCCAGUGCAGCGCACAUUCACACACCACCCAUCAGUCAAACCCACAUCCUGGUCAUAUACACGCAUACACCGAGAGCGAGAUGUCCGAGAAGAACCUGAAGGUGGGCGCCCGCGUCGAGCUGACCGGCAAGGAUCUGCUCGGCACGGUGGCCUACGUGGGCAUGACCAGCUUCGCCGUCGGCAAGUGGGUGGGCGUCGUGCUGGACGAGCCCAAGGGCAAGAACAGUGGCUCCAUCAAGGGCCAGCAGUACUUCCAGUGCGAUGAGAACUGCGGCAUGUUCGUGCGUCCCACGCAGCUGCGCCUGCUGGAGCCGGCUCCUGGCAGCAGGCGCAGCAUCGAAGAUGUCAGCGGUGCCACGCCCACGGCUGCCCAACCCACAAAGGCGCGGCUGAGCAGUUCGCGCACCUCGCUCUCCUCCAGCCGCCAAUCGCUGCUGGGCUCUCGCACCCAGUUGACCAACUCUCUGAGUGAACGCACUGCCUCCAGCAGCAGCAUUGGCCCCAGGAAAUCUCUGGCCCCGCAAAGCAGCAAGGAUAAGGAGUCCUCCAGCACUUCGUUGGCAGAGGGAGCACCAGCUGCCGGUGGCAACGGAGCCGGUUCGCAUGCCUCCUCCAAGCGGGCUUCCUUCGUGGAGACUGGUUUCCUGGAGAUACUGAAGCCUCAAUUCACGCCCUCGCAGCCUCUGCGCUCGCCCUCUUUCACUAUGCCCUCCAACUCCAGUGCCGAAGACAAGACCGCCCUGUUGGAGGCGCAAAAAACAAGCGCCGAACUGCAGGCCCAACUGGCUGAUCUCACCGAGAAGCUAGAGACUCUCAAGCAGCGCCGUAACGAGGAUAAGGAAAGGCUGCGGGAGUUCGACAAGAUGAAGAUUCAAUUUGAGCAGCUGCAAGAGUUUCGCACAAAGAUCAUGGCCGCCCAGGCUUCGCUGCAAAAGGAGCUGCAACGCGCGAAGCAAGAGGCCAAGGAUGCAAUAGAAGCCAAGGAGCAGCAUGCUCAGGAAAUGGCAGACCUCUCGGACAACGUGGAGAUGAUCACUCUGGACAAGGAGAUGGCCGAGGAGAAGGCCGACACGCUUCAGCUGGAGCUGGAGUCCUCUAAGGAGCGUAUUGAAGAGCUGCAGGUGGAUCUAGAGCUUCUGCGCUCCGAGAUGCAGAACAAGGCGGAGUCCGCCAUCGGUGGCAUCUCCGGCGACGGCGAUUCCCCCGCCCUCUCCACCUAUGAAUUCAAACAGCUGGAGCAGCAGAACAUUCGCCUGAAGGAAACGCUGGUGCGCCUGAGGGAUCUCUCAGCCCACGACAAGCACGACAUCCAGAAGCUGAGCAAGGAGCUGGACAUGAAGAGAUCCGAGGUCGCCGAACUGGAGCGCACCAAGGAGAAGCUUAGUGCCAAGAUCGAUGAACUGGAGGCCACAGUGGCCGACUUGCAGGAACAAGUCGAUGCUGCACUUGGAGCCGAGGAAAUGGUGGAGCAGCUGGCCGAGAAGAAAAUGGAGCUGGAGGAUAAGGUAAAGCUGCUCGAGGAGGAAAUCGCUCAGUUGGAGGCUCUGGAGGAGGUACACGAGCAGCUGGUCGAGAGCAACCAUGAACUGGAGCUGGAUCUGCGCGAGGAACUGGACUUGGCCAAUGCGGCCAAGAAGGAGGUGCUGCGCGAACGAGAUGCAGCCAUCGAGACCAUCUAUGAUCGCGACCAGACCAUCACAAAGUUCAGGGAACUGGUGCAGAAGCUGAACGACCAACUAACUGAUUUGAGGGAUCGCACUUCCAGCAACGAAAAGGAGUCACUGCAGGAUCCCAGCUUGAAGCUGGCCACGGAAACCAUCGACUACAAGCAGAUGUUUGCCGAAUCGAAGGCCUACACGCGAGCCAUCGACGUUCAGUUGCGCCAGAUUGAGCUCAGUCAGGCCAACGAGCAUGUCCAGAUGUUGACCGCCUUCAUGCCUGAAUCAUUCAUGAGCCGCGGCGGCGACCACGACUCCAUCUUGGUGGUCCUGCUCAUCUCACGCAUUGUCUUCAAGUGCGGCAUUGUCGUUUCGCAAACGAGGGAGCGUUUCCCAGCCGUGGAGGCGAUCACCAGGGAGGCGGUGACCCAGGGCCAUGCUGUCCAGCAGUAUGCUUUCAAGUGCCGUCUGCUGCACUACGUCCACAGCCUGCAGUGUGCCCUGCAUCAGAUUCUGUACGGACUCAAUAGCUGCCAACCGGACACCCUCCUGAGAGCCGGAAGCUCCUUGCCCGAAAUGGUGGCCCAAGAAAAGAUAGUGGACGGCAUCAUUGAACUGCUGAAAUCCAACCAGCUGGACGAGAACAGUACCACGGAUAACAUUGAGAAAUGUGUGGCCUUCUUCAACGCCAUGAACUCCGUGUUGCUGGCUGGAGAACAGCUCCUCAACGAGAUCCAGAUGAUUCGCGACUGUGUGGCUUCCCUGGGAGCAGCUUGUGAGAGCAUUCUCAGCGAUACGGCCAUCGCCAAGGUGAUUAUCCAGGAGGCGGGAGCCACCAGCGACUCGGUGCUGCUGAUACAAUUCCUCAACGAGAACAUGGAAAGCGUGCGGCAGCAGGUUAAGUUGAUCAAACGCCGCCUGCCGAACGACCAACAUGUGAUCAAGAGCGGUCUGUCGCAGCACAAAGUGGAGGCGAUGCGUGGACUGGCCCAGAACAUCAGCCGCAUUAUGUCGGCCAUGCACCAGGCCACCAAGCAAUCCCUGGCCACCAUUGUCACCACCAUCGAAAGCGACAAUGCAGCGGAGCAUACGCUGCCCCAGGAAAAGUACUGGGCCCUGCUGUCCGCCGCGUGCGAACGCAUAUACGAGCAGGAUGACCGUGGACCAACGCACAACUUUAAGACCUUGCUGGCCCAAGCUAACUCCGAUCUGCAGCACAUUGCCCAACACCUGCUGGACAAGGAGUACGAGAUCAUCUCGGCAGCCAACAAUGCCGGUGCUCAACAGAAAUCGGGUGCCCACAGCACACCCAUCACUCAGCGGGCACAGCUGAUCAAGAAACAAUUGGAGCAAAAGAACGUGCUAGCCGCCACGCUGGAAAAUCGCGAGGCGGACGUGAAACAACUGAAGAUGGCCGCCAAGAUGAAGCAGAACGAGUUGAGCGAAAUGCAGAUCCGCAAGGAUCUCGCCGAGAAGAAGCUCAGCGUGCUGCAGAACGAGUACGAGCACGCGGUGGACAAGUGGAAACAGCAGUACGAAGAGACGCGCCAGCAGCUGCUGCUGAAGGAGAAGGAGUUCGAGGAGACGAUGGACCACCUGCAAAGCGAUAUCGACGCCCUGGAGAGCGAGAAGAGCGAUCUGCGCGACAAGCUGAAGUUGAAUUCGAGCACAGGCAAGGUUCAGUCGGGUUCGGACUCGCACUCCCCGCACAAUAUAUCGGUCACUGGCUCUACGUCCAGUGCUCCGGGCAUAGCCAAUGUCUCCUACACUGCUCCUGCGGGCACCGCUCCAGUUGUGGCGGAGGAGGUGCAGCUGCUGAAGAACGCCUUCAACCAGGAGCGCAACGAGCGACUGCGACUGCAGGCUCAAGAUAUGCGGGCCAAGCUGUCUCAGUUUGAGCCCCUAUAUGUGCCGCAGCCCCAAGAUCAGCGCAUCACCGCCCUGGAGUCGGAGCUGACCAGGAUGAAGCACGCCUGGGUGCUGUCCCUGUUGCAGGUGCGCUCUCAGGAUUCCGUGAACGCCGGAACACGCAUCGACACGGUGGCCCUGCAAAGGCGCAACCAGCCAGUGCCCCUCAAGGGGGAGAUCAGCUCGAAAGCCUCGCAGCUGGCCUCCGACAUCCUGGCAGAGUAUCUGCAACGGAAGCCACAUCGCGCCGCCCACGGACAGUUCGCCUCCUUUCCCACCGUCGAUGUGAAGCGCGUGCUGCAGAUUUAAAUGGGAUUUUUAUCAUGGCAAAGGGCUCGCGGCCAGGGGCAAUCUGAAUAGAUCAUAAUGUUAUUUGUACUGCUAGCACAAUUUCGGAUCGGGGGCAAUCCUCCCUUGCACAAGCAGCUUCCCCAAAAACCCAGAGCACACAACUCCUCAAGACUCCCUGCUCCUGUGAUGAGACCUAAACGCGAUAGCUAAACAAAGAGCAACUGAGAAAUUAUAACACUACACUUAAUUUAUGUUUUUGUAUAAAGAUUAUAUUCCUAUUGUAAUAAUAACUUUGUGUUUAACUCCAACAAAAGCCUGUUUCGAAACUAAACUCAAGCGAACUAAUACCGGUAUUAUCUAUGAAGUCUAUGGCAGGGGAGAAAUAUGCGAAAGACACAACUAAACCAGAGAAACAAAUCUAAUUUGCAUACAUGAGAAUAAUAAAUAUACUAUAUAUAAAGUAAAUAUAUUUUGCUGAUGUUGUAUAACUUA